CUGGGUCCUGGUCUUGACUUUUCUCAUUGAGGCUACCAGGCAGCAGUAGUCCGUGCCCAAGCCUGCAGGACGGCUUCAGAAGGAGCAUGUCCAGUGCUGGGAACGGAUGUGACCAUGAACCCUGGUGCCUCCUUGUCUACUUUCACGGCAGUGCCCUUCCCUCCACCCAUUCCUGGCGCCCAGCACCGGCCACCCUGGCAGCAGCACCUGCCACGUCCCAUCACCCCAGCAUUCCCUCCUGGCAGCAGCCUGCUGCUGCCAGCUUUCCCCAGGACGCCUAUGGUGGCUAAUGGUGGCCUUGGCCCCAGUGCCCCUGGGGCUUGCAACCUCACUGUCCAAGUCAGGUCACAAGGGAGGACAGUGGAGGCCCCCCAGACUCAGACCUCUGUCGUUACUCAGGCCCCCCUCAACUGGAGCGCUCCAGGGGCCCUCAGCAGGAGUGCUGCAUGUCCUGCACCCGAAUUCAUAGCAACCCCUGUGAUGGGGACCGUUGUGACUGCUUCAGCUGUUGGAGUUAGACAGGCUGGCAAGGGAGGCUGGACCCCAGGCUUUCCUCCUCAAGCUCCACCACCAGCUGCCCAGCUGGCCCCUAUCAUUCGCCCAGUGAACUCUGGGCCAUGGCCACAUGACACUUCCAGGGAGGGCCGCCUGGCCACCAACCAGUCCAACGCCUCGCAGGAUGGCUCCUCUAACCCCCAGAGAGAGUACAGUAACUUCCGACGUUGGCAGCACAUCAAGCCCCUGGCCCGGAGACACUUUCACCUGAGUCCUGAUGCAGAAGCUUUUUCCUGCUUUCUCAUCCCAGUGCUUCGAUCCGUGGCCCGCCUGAAUCCCAACAUGCCGCUGGAGGAGGGACUGUGGAGGGCCGUGCAGGAAUGGCGGUGCAGGAGCAACCCUGACCGGGUGAUCUACUACGAGAGGGCGGAAAAGUUCAUGGAAUUUGCAGCCGAGGAGGAGAUGCACAUUCAGAAUUUGCAGUGCAUGCAGUGCGCGGAGGACCUGCCUCCUCCAGCCCCACCGAAGCUGGAUCCUCGGGGGCCCCCAGCCCCGUAUGUGGACAGGAUGGAGGCACUGGUGGGACCCGUCCACUCAGCCAGCGGCAAGUCACAUGCAGAAUGUGGAAAGGACGGAAAUGAGCUGAAGCAGGAAGAGGACGACACCUACUUGGACCCGUGUCUCUUGAGCUACACUGACGAGCUGCGUUCCCGGGAAGACUCUGUCACCAAGCCCUCACCUUCCUUCCCUUCCUCCUGCUCUGCCUCAGCCUGUGCUCCCAGGAUGUCCGGCCCCAGGGCCCAGCCCUCGCACCCGAAGCCACACAGAUCCCAGGGGAACCCGGAGCCCAAGACGCCCAAGGAGAUUCCCCCUGAGGCUGUGAGGGAGGAUGUGGAGAGGAUGGAGGCGCUGGUGGGGUCCGUCCACUCAGCCAGCGGCAAGUCACAUGCAGAAUGUGGAAAGGACGGAAAUGAGCUGAAGCAGGAAGAGGACGACACCUACUUGGACCCGUGUCUCUUGAGCUACACUGACGAGCUGCGUUCCCGGGAAGACUCUGUCACCAAGGUGGAGGCAGUCAUUCAUCCUCGAUUCCCGGCAGAAUUGUUUUCCCCGGACCCACAGCUGGAUGUCUUGGCCCUUGCUGAGGAGCUGAAGCAGGAGGAAGGACUCACCCCUGAAGAACUGGUGCAGAAACAACUCCUGGACUUGAAAGAGGAGGAAGGUGGGCCGGCAGCCCCGAGCCACAGUGCACGCGGAAUGGGCUCAAGUCCAUCUGAGUCCCACGCCGGCCAAGGUGCCCAGAGGCACGACCAAGACCGCCAUCGAGGGGUCAGUGAUGAAGCCUGCCCACCAGAGAUUGAUUUUGAGGCUCUUCAUAGGCCCAUCCGAGCAGAAACUGGCCCAUUCGGGCCCAAAGUCUUUGUUCCCUCUCGAGGACGUCAGGAGGUCUCUCCAUUCCGGGCCGGACGGCCCUCCCCUCCCCAGGGUCAAAGGCGCACUGGCCCUCUACUGGGACCCAGGGAUGCGUCUCUUCUCAGAGAGGCGUCUCCUGUUCCGGAGGCCCGAGGGCCCAGGGACGCGUCCAGUGAGCACGAGGAGGCGCUCCACAGCCUGGCCUCCCUCUUGGCCUCUCCGCAGAGCCUGCCGCCUUGCCGGCUGUCCCAGAGUCCUGCCCCUGCCUCAGGCCUGGCCUCCCCUGGAGGUUGGGGGGCCAGGAGUGCUCCCCAGGCCCCCUCCCCUCAGAGAAGAGGCCCCAGCCCAGCUCCACCAGCCGCUCCCAAGUCGAGGAAGCGGGCUCUGUGUGGGCGCCCAGCCGCUGCUGAGAAGCUGCCCAUCCCCGGGGCUGGCCACGGGGUCUCUGCGAGGCCAGCCUUUGCUCUGGGGCUGGUUCGCCCCUCACAGCCGAGAAAGAGAAAGCGUGACCCGUUUGUCACAGGGAAGAGGAGGAAGAAGCAGAGGAAGCACUGCAGCCAGUAGGGAACAGCCGGGCCGGCCCUCCAGGGCGAGCCCCCCAGGGCGGCCCCCAGGGGAGCCUAGGGGCUCCUCCUCACCCCAGAGCUGA